CCGGCGUUGAGGUCGCUUCCCGUUUCCGCCACCGUCGCCGACGCAGUAUCGGCUCUGAAGAGGUCAGGCAAGAGCUAUGUGAGCGUUUGGACCUGUGAACAUUCUUCGAAAAAGAAGACUACAGGUUUCGCCGGCGACGACGACGACGAUUGUCGAUGCAUCGGAAAGGUUUGCAUGGUGGACGUGCUGUGUUUUCUUUGUAGAGAGGAGAAUCUGAAGAGUCCUUCGAAGGCUCUUGAAUCUCCGGUUUCGGAUGUUUUGCCCAAAGUUCCUGGACUUGUGAAGCAUUUGGAACCCAAUUCUAGCUUAUUGGAGGCAAUAGAUUGCAUCCUUGAAGGAGCCCAAAACUUGGUUUUACCAAUUCAAAGCCAUACCAACACAAAGUCAAGGAAAAAGGUCUACACAUCACAACGGCCGCGAAUUUUGUUGGCUAACACAGGAAGAUGUGAUUCGUUUCCUCCUCAACUCGAUCGGGUCUUCUCCCCAAUCCCUACGUUCACAAUUGAAUCACUCAACAUCAUUGAUAUGGACACCAUGGCUGUGCACUAUCAUGAGCCUGCCUCCACUGCAUUGGCCUCCAUUUCUCGGGCUCUUACAGAGCAAACCUCAGUUGCAGUCAUUGACGAAGAUAACAGAUUGAUAGGUGAAAUCUCUCCGAUCACUCUUGCCUGUUGUGAUGAGUCCGUGGCAGCAGCCAUCACAACUCUCUCGGCAGGUGAUUUAAUGGCGUACAUUGAUUGUGGUGGUCCGCCAGAGGACUUGGUUCAGUUGGUUAAGAUGAUGUUGGAAGAGAAGAAUUUAGGCGCAAUGUUAGAACUAAUGGAGGAAUUUUCUGUGUCUUCAUUGUCGUCUUCUUCCUCUAGUGGUUCAUCAGAUGAAGAGUGUGGGUGGUCAAGCAAGCAUGGUGGGUCUGGCAGGUAUUCUCUGGCAAGGACAUCGGAGGCGAUUGUGUGCUAUCCACGGAGUUCUUUGGUGGCUGUGAUGAUUCAAGCCCUUACGCAUCGUCGGAAUUACAUUUGGGUUGUUGAAGAUGACUAUAGUUUGGUCGGAAUUGUGACAUUUGCAGGGAUGUUGAAAGUUUUCCGGAGUAUUACUGGUCCGAGGCGUAAACCCGAAUGA